AUGGCCUCGCCUGUGGUUACACGCCCGGCUCUGGGCUACGAAGUCGGCCUGGGAACACUCUACGACUCUCGCACCGAUACCUUCCUCCCUCACUCGCUCUUCAAAGAGACACCAACCAAUGCAGUUGACUCUCAGGCAAAGGUCAAUUCGAUUGCCAAACUCAGCAAGGCAACCACGUUCCGCCAGAAGCUUGCGGAUCUUGGUAUUGGCACCGAGCUCGGAGCAAGCAUUCUUGCAGGUCUUUCUCCCAUUGACGGCUGUGGUCUCUACUUGACCGAUCAUCACAAAGCUCCCGGCGACAUUGUCCACUCUUCCCUACAUCAUACGAUCACGACGGUUGAGGAGGAGCUCAAUCUUACUGCCAGCGGUGUCAAGGACCUCAUCAUACCCGACGUUCUCAACGACACUAUUGCCACCCACGUCGUCACCGGCAUCACCUGGGGUGCUCAAUUCAUUUGCCUUGACAAGGAGUUUGAAAGUCUGCUACAGGAUGCCCUCCAAGCCACUCCUGCUAUCGAAUUUUCUUCGACGGAGCUUGUCCAGUAUGACUCUUCACAGGAUAUUGUUCAGUAUGACUCUUCACAGGAUAUUGUUCAGUAUGACGAAGGCGAUGGCAUCUUUCAUUUUUGCAAUACUUUGUCGGUCCUGGACAAUGGUCUUGCAGUCCGCCCAUCUUCGAUUGCCUUCAUCCAUGAUCUUCGCAGCCGCCUCUAUGCUACCAAUGGUGCCAAGGGAAAGCCUAUCCACUACACUCUCAUGCCCUUGUCGCUGCUAUCUAUGCUUCGGCUCAUCAACAUCCAACAUCAACCUGUCAUUCACCAACCCAACAUCGAUUACCUGACGUACUUCAUACAGUUUCUCGAUGACUGGGCAAAUGCACAACAGAAGUUCAGCAACUAUGUUGCCCGAUGCAAGGUGUGUCCCUCGGCUAUUCCAUCCGACCACCUGCGUUUCAUUGUGCGAAAGCUCCGCCCCGUCAAGACUGAUGAGCUUGCCUUCAAAGCAAGCUUUGCAGAAGCCCUCAAAGAUGCCCGUUACGGCAAAGCGAACGAAGACAGGUUGCAAGACUUGCUUGCAGGGGCUGAAGGCAGUGCGUUGUCGCCUGAGAAGCUUCGCUCUAUGGCGAACCACCGUGGAACACUCGAUUUCCAUGACCAGAUGAGCAGCCUUGGAGCGACUUACCUUGGAUACGGCUCAAAUUCUCCCACCACGAUUCUCUCACGCGGGAACUACGAUGACGCAUUUGUCCUGAACUUCAACACCAGCUUACGAACAUCACUAGAGUGGGAAGAGACAAUUCAGCUCUUUACGGAACUCUCCGCCAGCAAAGGAAAUCGAACACUACUGAUUGCUGUCGACGCCGAUGCUGUCGGACACCUUCUGGACAAGGUCUAUAUCUGCCAUUAUCGGAGCGGCCGUGUUUUCAUCGAGGAUCUCCUGGAACAUCGCAAGAUCCUGGCAUCCAACUGCAUUAUGCAAUAUGACCAAGAAUGGCUGGACAACUCCAUUAACACCAAGCCAGUUCAACGACGUCCUGUCAAAGUCCCCUGUCCCCAUCAAGGCUGUGACCAGACCUUGGAUUGCCAGUGGAUUUGCGCUUUGUGCCGUUCACUUGUCGAGUACGGCCAUGUUGAUGACCGCCUCUAUUGUGACUGCGGAGCUACUCCUUUCGACCACUGGGACUUCAAGUGCCAAGACCACAGACACGGGCCAAGAUGGACACGGUACGAACGUCCUGUGCUCUCUCAACUCCUCAACAACCUGAAGCCCUUCGAUGAAUUGAACAUAUUGAUUCUGGGCGAGACUGGAGUGGGAAAGUCGACUUGGAUCAAUGCGUUUGUCAAUUACCUGAGCUACGACACUCUUGAGGAUGCUCUACAAGCGGAUGACCUCAAGUGGGUGAUACCCUGCUCUUUUAGUACUCAGCUUAAGGACGACUCAGAUGGGAGGGGCAAGUUUGUUCAGAAGGACAUAAAGAUCGGGUCCAGCAAGAGCGAGCAUGAUGGAGCUCGUGGGCAAUCAGCCACCCAGUCAACUGCCGUGUACACUGUUGACAUUGACAACACAAGGGUUCGACUCAUUGACACGCCUGGUAUCGGCGAUACCAGAGGCUUGGAGCAGGACAACAAGAACAUGGCUGACAUUCUUCACGUCCUUCGCACAUACAAGAAGCUUCACGGAAUCUUGAUUCUUCUCAAGCCUAAUGCCUCUCGAUUAACGGUCAUGUUUCGAUUUUGCAUCAAGCAACUCUUGACCCAGCUGCAUCGUAACGCAGCCGCCAACAUUGUCUUCGGAUUCACCAACACCCGUGGCUCGAACUACAAGCCCGGAGACACCUUCAAGCCCCUGGAAGCCCUUCUGAGCAACUACACCACGGUACAGCUAGGCCUAUAUGAGCACAACGUGUACUGUUUCGACUCGGAGAGCUUUCGCUACCUCUCUGCUCAGAAGAAAGGUAUUGACAUGGGCCUCCUCGAAGACAACAUGAGAAGCUGGGAAUACUCCGUCGCCGAGUGUAGGCGACUUGUCAAGUACGUCGGCGAGCUUACUCCUCACAACGUCCGCAGCACCAUCAACCUCAAUGAGACUCGUGACUUGAUCGUGAAGUUGACAGAGCCAAUGGCGCUGAUUGCCCAAAAGAUUGCAAGCACCAUUGCCGUCAACAGCGACGAGAUCAAACAACUCCAGACCGGGAAGCUUUCCAGAGAUGAACUCGGGAAGAGUCUCUAUGUGCAACGUGAGAGCGUCGAGUCGUAUGAGGUGGGUGAGCCUCGUACAAUUUGUACCCAUCACGACUGCGUUGAGGUGCGGAGCGACUUCCAAGGACGCGAUGAGACGGUGAUUGUCUAUAAACAGAUGUGCCACAAGCCUUGCCAGCUCGGAAAUGAGGUCAAGAGAAACACGAAGGGGGACCCUGCGCUCAAAAAUUGCUGGGCUAUCCAACAUGAUUUUUGCAGGAUAUGCAGCCACAACUACAUGGACCAUAUGCACAUUUACUACGACUAUCGAUCCAUGACCUACAAAUACGAGGACAAGAACAUCGCACAGGAUCUGAUCAAGUGGGCAUCUAAGCUCGGCUUCAGCAAAAGGCCAUCGACAUGCGCAAGGAGGCGGUGGCAGAUUUCGAGAUUGACCAUUCAGUUCGGUUUCUUUCUGAAGCGUCACGCCAUUGAACCUUACAACGAUGCCACUAUUGAGUAUGUUGACCAUCUGAUCAACCAGGAGCGUCUGAAGAUCAAGGCCGGUGGCAAGAAGGACACUCUGGAGAUGUUCGAAAAGUACAGGGACGAACACGUCCAGAAAGUCAAAAUCCUGACCGAAGCCAUGGAGAGAGGCGAUGUGGACCGCGUCAUUGACGACACACAUGUUCGGCAGCUCGUCGACAGAUUAUACGGCCUGCCACACUUUGGCGAAGAUCUUCGGAGAAUCGUGACGGUCAACGAGAAAGCUGCCGAGGGCUCGUUCCGGGAGCGAUCAUACAACGUGUCGGCCGGGUCACACUGGACGAAGGCCAGCAAGGGGAAGCUGACAGCCCAUCGGAAGGAGGAGGAGAGCAGGCUGAAGACCAUGUCAAACCGAUUCGCUCCGCUGGCCUCGAUGUCUGGUUAUGGUCCCGGGAAUCCCGGGCAUCCGCACGAGGUUGUCCAUGUCUCUCAAGAGGGAAGACUUGGGGGGCAGAGCGAUCCCAUGGCGAUGGAGGUCGACUCUCACUGGGACCCCACCGUGGGGAUUAGGCUGCAAGCUUCGAGAAUUGUUCGGUUUCUUGGGUUCGGUAGUAGUAAUGUGUCUGAGUGA